GGGGGGGCGCUAACCCUGGGUCAAUUUUCUGGUACUUGUGUGUGGGCCGGGCGAGCGUGCAUGCCCUCUGGGUAGCAGAAACAUCUGAGAAACAAAACAGAGAACUGGAACCCAUGACUGAUUCUUCACCCAGCCCAGCCCAGGGAUCACCCUGAGCCCCUACCUCAGUGCAGAUAGCACAAGAGAGACUCAGGCACUUGGAAGCCUUUCUCCAAGAAUGAAGCUCUGGGGACAAAUACUUUGGACCCUUCUAUCUGUUCCCCGAGGAAGGAGGGGAGUCCUCCAGGGCUGGGCCUUCAACUCAUGGAAGACUUAUUCAUCCCUGACUGGGCCGUUGAGUGCCACAGGGAUGGUUAAUCACUGGACACGGGUCUUUGAGGAAAGAGGUAUCCCAGAGGCCCGGGAAUCCAGUGAGUACAUCGUGGCUCAUGUCCUCGGAGCCAAAACAUUUCAGAGCCUGAAACCAGCACUUUGGACCAAGCCACUGACCCCUCAACAAUUGGAAUGCAUCCAGGAGCUAUGUGGCCGUAGAUUACAGAGGAUGCCGGUGCAGUAUAUCCUUGGGGAGUGGGACUUUCAGGGGCUCAGUCUGAAGAUGGUACCCCCAGUGUUCAUCCCUCGGCCAGAGACAGAAGAACUGGUUGAAUGGGUUUUAGAGGAAGUGGCCCAGAGGCCCCAUGCAGUGAGAGCCCAGGAUGGUCCCCUCAUUCUGGAGGUGGGCUGUGGAUCAGGAGCCAUUACUCUCAGCCUGCUGAGCCAGCUCCCCAAGAGUCGAGUUGUUGCUGUGGAUAAGGAGGAAGCUGCUGUUAGUCUGACCCAUGAGAAUGCUCAGAGGCUUCAGCUGCAGGACAGGAUCCGGAUCAUCCACCUUGAUAUAACUUCAGAGGGGUGCUGCACACACCUUUUGCCCUGGAGCCCCUUGGACUUGGUGGUCAGCAACCCUCCCUACAUCUUCCGCAAGGACAUGGAACAGCUGGCUCCAGAGAUCUGCAGUUACGAAGAUCUGGUGGCCCUGGAUGGUGGUGACGAAGGCAUGGACAUCAUCACCCACAUCUUGACCUUGGCACCCCAGCUCUUGAAUGCCUCUGGAAGCAUCUUCUUAGAAGUAGACCCAAGACACCCAGAGCUUGUCAGCAGUUGGCUUCAGAGCCAUCCUGACCUGCACCUUAGUCUUGUGGGAGUCCGUGAAGACUUCUGUGGGAGGCCCCGGUUCCUGCAUGUCCAGAAGUCUGCACCAUAGCGUGGCUACUCUGUGAACACCCGGCCAGGAUUCUAGCCUGCUGGGUGGCUGGCUUACCCUGUGUGGAAUGCCGCCCAGGGGAAGGUGAACAGCGCUGUCCUGGGCCCCUGGCACGGCCAUGGUCCUGUGAUUCCCCAUGAUGGAUGUUUCUAGGAGACUUGGAAAGAAGGAUGGAGUGUUCUUCCUGGGGCAGCAAAGAACAGAGACCCAAGAGCUGGGUUUCCAGCCUGGCCCUGCCCCCUCUGUGUAGCAGGCUACUUGGUGUUCCUCUUGGUGAAAUUGCUAUAAAGAUGUUGGGAAGGAUGGCUAGUAAAGUGUUGAGAGAGCAAUAAAUGGUGAGCCAGUAUUUUGUUAUUAACAUUCAUGGGCCCUCGUUCCCCAUGCAGGACUAGGCCUGAGAGCCUCUCCCUUCUGCAGCAAGUCAAGCCGACUGUGUGGUGUAAGGAUACCAGGUGAUAGGGACAGGGGAUGGGGAGGCUCAGUCCUGGCCUUGGACACUGUAGGGCCUGCACAGAAUAGCCCACUCUGGUUAGCGUCAUCCGGAUGCUCCAGCCUGGGAAUGCCUACAUUCUCUACCUUGACUGGGCCUGUGUAGGACUGUGAAAGGCAGCCUGGUUCCUGGUUGAGCUAAAGUUGGAAACCCCAGUGAUCCUGAGGAACGGCAGGCAUUUUGCCUGGUUCUCAGACUCUAGGCUUCAGACAGGAGGCCACAGCCCUCCAUAGAUUUGUGGCCAGCAGUCACGUAAGGGCAACGCCCCCAAACCCCUCCACAGAAGGCUCAAGACAGAUCUCCAUUUUAAUAAGAUACUUAAAGGCCUGAGGGCUUAGCCAAUAAACUCCCCUUCCCAGACACUCCUCCCUACAAAAGGUAUUUAACCUCAGGCCAGCCCUGAGAAGUGGGGUAUGGUUUUAUUCAUCCACUUUCUGCCAUGACAAUAAACGCCUUAAAACCAU